CACCAUGCCAUCCAAUGAACCCCAUCACGGAACUUUUUGUGUUGCGCGCUCGUCCGUAAACUAUAGUUAUACGUCUUGGCCUUUGCGGGAUGUCCCUUGGCUGCAGCGGGAAUCCUACCGUACGAAUCCCACUUCGGUUUUAAUUUCGCUCCAGCACUAGCACCCAUGAAGUGACACCGAUGAGCACCUUCGUCGUCGCAACUUGCAUGAUACCCACGCAAUUACAUCCUGGUGCUGUAGAUCUUUUGGUUCAAUAUCGACUUUGACGGGCAGGUUCCGAUGUAUCACCGCGAAAGCACUCAGAUAAAGAGCAGUCCGCUCCAGCGCUCGGGCUUUACUCGCACCGUGUCGUACAGCUUUUGUUCACUUCAACAUGGUCUCACGGAAUUAUUUGAACGCCUACUCUGGGCCCGAUGCUCUUCAAAAUUACUUUGAUCCUGACCGCACACCUAUGAUUCCUCUCGUUGAGAUUCCACCAAGCUUGAAUCCGUACUACAACGAUGGUGUUAGGAUACAUGCGAAGAUGAUGUCUAUGCAUCCCUCAAACAAUGUCAAGAUUAUGCCCGCGUUGAACAUGUUGACCAAAGAGGUCCACCCGGAGAAGUCCAAGACAGUAGUUGAGUACAGUUCGGGAUCUACUGUCAUAUCUCUAGCAUUGGUAUCUCGUAUCAACCACGGGAUACAAGAUGUUCGCGCCUUCUUGAGUAACAAAACUUCGGCUCCAAAACUUAGGCUCAUGCAAUUCUUUGGGCUGGACAUUACGCUUUUUGGCGGUCCUUCCCAACCAGAACCACAUGACGAACGCGGCGGCAUACAUCGAGCUAGAAUCAUGGCCGAAAAGGAUGAAGCAAUUCUCAACGUCAACCAAUACGAAAACGACGCAAACUGGCAAUCGCACGUCAAAUGGACCGGACCGCAAAUCCAUCAACAACUACCAAACAUCCGUCUCAUGUGCGCAGGCAUGGGUACGUCUGGGACGAUGACAGGGCUCGGCCAAUAUUUCAAGUCGGCGAAGCCGUCUGUGGUUCGAUUAGGUGUGUGCACCGCCGCCGGCGAUCGAGUUCCAGGACCUAGAUCUCUCGCUCUUUUGAGCCCUGUCGAGUUCCCAUGGCGCGACUCCGUCGAUGCCAUUGAGGAGGUGGGGUCCAAUGAUGCUUUCAGUCUAUCCCUGGCGCUCUGCCGCGCAGGUCUGAUCUGCGGUCCAUCCUCAGGGUUCAAUUUGCAAGGGCUUUUCAAUUAUCUCAAAAAGCGAAAGAAUGAUGGCACAUUGUCCGACCUGGCCGAUGCCAAUGGCAUCAUCGACUGCGCAUUCGUGGCCUGCGAUGGCCCAUAUCAGUACAUCGAUGAAUAUUUCGACAAGCUUGGAAGUUCCGCCUUUCGACCUAUACACAACGAGAAUCUCACCGCAGUCGACCUGUACCGCUACGACGAAGCAUGGGAACUCACACCUACACGAGCGCUAUCGCAGUUUGCCGAUUCUGUCGACAGGGACAAUGGUGCCGUCCUGCUCGAUCUGAGGAAGCCAGAGGACUUCGUCACUAGUCACAUCCCAGGAUCGUAUAACCUACCGCUACAAAGCCUAAAUGCCUCCACACCAAGCCCGUUCUCGGAUGCCGCGGUUCUCGAGAAGCAAUGGAAAGAGUUGGAAUCAACAUUCACCAACGAGCGCAUCAGUGCGCACGACCUUGCUGGCAAAGAUGUAUAUAUUGUCUGCUACGGCGGUGACACGGCCCGCGUUGCAACGAGUGUGCUCCGCGCCAAAGCCAUCUCAGCAAGAAGCGUCAAAGGUGGCAUCACCGCAUUGCGGGAGGAGCUUCCGCAUCUUCAGAUGACCGAACGUGGGAGAGGUUUGGUACAGCAAGAUUGGCUGAAGUCCCCGGAUAUCGCCGUGACAGAACUACGAGCCGAUUCGUUGUCUCCGCAAAUCCGGGGUGAUGAUGGGAUUGCGGUGCAGGUCAGGUAGCGAUAAAUUCCAAUAAGUCGAGAACAUUCGCAUAACAAAUGCUUCCAAAAAUCAAACUCAUGAGCCUCAA